CGAUUAUUAAACGCUAUGUUCAAAAGGCGACAGGGGAGUUCCCGGAGCCACCAAAUCCCCUCCGCCACCGCACGCGCACCGACUGCCUGCCGGGGCCGGGCUGAGCGCAGCGCAGCCGGGGAGGAGAGGAGCGUGAGGAGAAGAGGGCCCGAGGGGAGCGCCGAGGCCACCGGAGCGCAGCUCCUUCCCAGGGGGCGGAGAGGGGCGAGGAGCGCCCAGGGCAGCUGAGCGCAGCGGCGUCGGAGCAGCGCGCAGCCAACACAGGAGAAGCCCCCGAUGGACCUGGGCGCUGCUGCGGCGCUCUGCCUCUGGCUCCUGAGCGCCUGCCGCCCCCGGGACGGGCUGGAAGCGGCCGCGGUCCUGAGGGCCCGGGGAGCCGGCCAGGGCGGGGACCCGGGCGGUGGCGGCGGCGGCGGCGCCAGACGGGGCCCAAGCGACUCGGCUAGCACUGCGGACAGCCCCCUUUCGCCUGCUGCCGUAGCCCGAGGGCCGCGUCUCGGCGCGGGCUGGACUGUCGGGAACGGCUCGUCUCCCGCCGUGGUGCCGCACCAGUUCAUGCUGUCCCUUUACCGGAGCCUGUCCAAGAGGGCGCUCGCUCCUGGAGGUGCCCCAGCCCCUGCCGCCGCCGCCGCUGCGGGCGGCAACCGACGGGCUCUCGCGGACACCGUCACGGGCUUCGCUGACCAGGCGCCCCCAGAUGACGUCUCCGCCGAGACAGGCCAGCGUUUCCUCUUCGACGUGUCCAGCUUGGCCGGCGCUGACGAGGUGGUGGCCGCGGAGCUGCGGGUCCUGCGCCGGGCGCAGGCAGCCCAGGAAGAUCCGCGGGUCAAGCCGGAGGAGGCGGCCCCGGGGAAGGUCGACGAGGCCGCAGGAGCCCUGUUCCUGCUUUCCACUUGCCCGGGGGCCGCCCGUGGGCCUCGGCUGCUGACCUCCAGGCCCGCGCGCCCUCUGGAUUCGGCGCGCUGGGAAGUUUUUGACCUGACGGACUCUGUGAAGCAGCACCGGCCCGAGCGGCCCCUUUGCCUGGCGCUGCGCGCUGUGAGCGGCUCCUCCGGGAGGCCUCUGGCCCCCCGCUUGCUGGGCUUGGGGUUGCCCGGGAGCCCGAGGCCGCCGCCCCACGAGAGUGCUCUGCUUGUGGUUUUCUCGCGAGCCCACAGGAAAGAGAACCUUUUCCAGGAGCUGCGCGCCAAGGGCCGGGCCCGGGGGCAGCCGGGGGCUGCGCCAUCCGCGGGGCGCAGGAAGCGGCGGACUCCGGGGGCCGGGACCGGGGUCGGGGCCCGGGGGGCGGGAGCGGCUGGGAGCCCCGGCGGAGGCAGCGGGGGCCCGAGUCCGGGCCGGGCCCCGGGGCGCAAGGGCCGCAGCCGCUGCAGCCGCAAACCUCUGCACGUGGAUUUCAAGGAGCUGGGCUGGGACGACUGGAUCAUCGCCCCCCUGGACUACGAGGCGUACCACUGCGAGGGCGUGUGCGACUUCCCGCUGCGCUCGCACCUGGAGCCCACGAACCACGCCAUCAUCCAGACGCUCAUGAACUCCAUGGCGCCCGAGGCCACGCCGCCCAGCUGCUGCGUGCCCGCCAAGCUCAGCCCCAUCAGCAUCCUGUACAUAGACGCGGGCAACAACGUGGUCUACAAACAGUACGAGGACAUGGUGGUGGAGACGUGCGGCUGCAGGUAGCGCGGGGCGCGGGGGAGCCCCUGAGCCCGGAGCCCGGCCGGCCUCCUGGGGUCCUGCGGGCGAGGCCGGCGGUCUGGGGCCCCGGACCUCGGGACAGUGCAGAGGAGGCGAGCCGGCCCCUUAGAUCCCAUCGGCCCGAAGCCCCCAGCCCCCGGGGGACGCGCCUGCGCGCGCGCGCGCGCGCACACACACACACACACACACACACACACACACACACUCCCUAGCUCACUCCCCGUCUGCCUGCUGGCUCUCAGACCCCCCACCACGGGGACAGCGUCCUGCAUGCUACUGAAUCUCACCCGCUUUUUGGAAGGGGAGCGGCCACCAGGAGUAGGGAAGAUUGGGUGCGAUUGGACAAAGCUCGCGUCUCUCCCGGAGGACAUGCUGGCUGAGCCCGGCGCCCUCGGGCCGCCGCGGACCUCAGCACUGCAGCUCUGGACGGCGGCGCCCCCGAAUGCCAAGGAUAACUGGAGGAACCAGGGGCCCAGGUCUCGAGGCUCUAGAGCCGGCGGCGGAGGUUCUCCUCCCUGGGGGUCAUUGCCCACAGACAAGCACAGGCUGAAGGCCCUAAGUGGGAGGAGCUGGGCCGAAGUCGGGGCUCAUUCGUGAGAGGCCCCAGUCCCAGGCCGCCCUGCUUUUCAGGGGCUUUUGCCGUCGGGAAGUAACUCAGUCCCCAGGCUGCUUCCCUUUUCCUAUUUUUGAGGCACUUGCCCCAAAGCAGAAUCCCCUCCGGGGCUCCCAGAGCUCUGGCCAUUUACUACUUUCUUCAGAGCUUCAGACUUUGGGGGACAGGGCAGUUUAAGGAGCCUCGUCCUUUCUUUCCAUUUCCCUGGCCGAGGGGACACGGGUCCGGUUUUGAGGGGCUAAGCUUUUGUCUGACUCGCAGGGCUGGGAGCCGCCGGCCGGAUGGAGCUUGGAGGCGGAUUGGCCGGGUGGCUAGGGGUGGGGGCGGGGAGGAGGUAUGGGCUCCAGUUUAGGAGUGGGAGUAGGAGGGAGGGCUCGGAGGAAGGGGGGCCUGGGCCUCGGCUUUUCGCCGCGCAGUCCUGCUGGCCCCGGGGAGGAGCUGGGCGCUGCUGGCCCAGACUGACGGAGCCACGGCCGGGGGAAAGACCAAGUCUGCUCUCGGGAAGGCCGAGACGGGGAAGCUGGGCAGGGCCGGCUGCGGGGACGCUUCCAGCCCCUUUCCGCGUCCAGCUCCUCCGUCUGCGUCCGGGCCUGGCGGUCCCGAGGUCCCGAAGGACCGGGGCUCGGGGUCGGGGCAACUUCAAGGAUGAGGACAAGGGGAAAGAGAGUCAGCGGAGCGCCUCUGGCGUGGCUCCUCCCUUCCCCCCCCCCCCCCCCAGCCGAGCCCACGGAGCCUUCACCCUGGACGUGGCUUCUGCUUUUUCCUCCUCCUCAGCUCACUCGUUCCUCCAGCUUCCUCCUGCCCCCGCAACCCCCCUUUAAGGGCUCUGACUGAGCUUUAGUUAGGCUAGCUCCGAGGAGAACUGCAAAGGCACGAGAGAGGCUGAAAUCCAAUUUAAAAUUGUGAAGAAGGAGGGGGGAGGGAGGGAGGAAGGAAGAGAAGGGAAGGGAAAAGGGAAGGGAAGCCGAACGUGCCCGCUCCAAACCCUAACGACUGAAGACUCAUUCCUUUAAUUGGGGUUUUGAACUCCAGGGCUCCCAGUCCCCUGGUGUGAGCGGAGAGCGGACUUGUGCUCACCGAUGACACUGACCGUUUCUAAGCCCCCAGAGGCUUAGGGUGGGAGGGAGCGGGUGGGAGUGACGCCCACGGGAGGGAGCGGGUGGGAGCUGCCUGGGCGCCGAGCCGCGGGGUCCUACUGGGCCCCUCGCUCCCCCAGGCUAACUUAGUCCAGAGUCGAAGACGAAUUCCAUUCGCUCUAACGGUCGCAUCCGAAGGCUUUAAAAUGCCCGUGGGAAUGGUUUUUAACAAGAUUCGAGAGUGAGGGUGGGGGGUCGGGGCCUAAAAACUAGAGUGAAACUGUCUCUGGGAGUAGAUUCCAAGAGUCCAGUUUGUUCACUAGCUAAGGAGCUUUGGGAGGCUUCCUAAUGCCGGGGAAGGGGGUUUGUUUCCGGGGAAACCUCCCGAUUUAACCCGAGGCUUUUUUUAAUGCUAGAACUGGCCCCUGCGGGCUCCGUGGGUGUCUUGAAAGAACAGAAACAGGAGAUUUGGAGGUGAUACCUCCAAGGCUUCUUUCCUCUGGAGAGCCAGGGAGCCCAUGACUGAGCCCACCCUGAGGCCCUCGCCCUCAGAUUUUAAGAUGAAGACCCCCACGCAGACCCCGCCCCCCUCAGUCCAGAGCCGGCUUCCUGGCUGAGCUGCUCAGAGGGGCAGAGGGGCUCUUCCUCACGUCUGGGCCCUAACCUGCUGCUGGACUUGGCAUCCGGCCGGGCAGAGUCUUACCCACUUAACCGGGCUUAGUGCUUGAGGGAGGGGUCAGGGUUCUGGGCAGCCUGGCUAUUAAUCUUCCAGUUGGACAUCAGCCUCUGCUUCUGGUGGGGAAGCCCCAGCUUGUUUGUCUGAGCAGGCGCUCUGUAGCACGAUAGAGAGGGGAGGUCAGACAGAAAAGAAAGAAGGGGUGGGGGGAGCUCGAGGGCUCUGGGCUUGCUGGCCCGGUGGAAUCCUUCUUCACACUGGGCUGGACAGAGUGGGGGAUGGACAAAGAAAGGAAGGGGAGAGGUUGGAGGGGAGCAGGCCCCAACUCCCUUUGCUUCUCUAUCCAAAGGGAGCAUGUUCAUCCUAUUUGGGGAUCACUCUAUAAAUUGGGGCUAUCUGAGCGGCUGUUGCCCAAGCUCUGGGAGUGACUCCUCUCAGUGGCCUGGCUGAGGCAGGGGCCCUUGUUCAGUACCUGCUGUCCCUCCUCCCACCGCCAUCCCUAAGUUUGCCAAUCAUCAGCCUGUCGUGGCCAUUCAGCCUGCAGAUAGCAGGCCCCAGCACCAGGCAGCCAGCCCUCCCUGGCCUGGACCUCAGGCCCGAAGGCUGAUCCUGGGGGAGACCACCAUUGCAGCAUUGACUUCCUGCUUCCCUGGCUCAGGGACACCCGAUUGCUCCAAUUAAACUUGCUAAAUUGCUUUCAAUA